CAAUACUUCCUAUUGGCCCAUCUCGUACAAAGUGGUCUGCAUAACGAAGGCGUGGGAACACAAACAUUGGAGGAAUUGGCAAAUGCCAUACAACUUUGCCACAGAUCUUAUAGACUUUCCCUUUGCCUCAUCUGAUAAUCUCCUCAAAAUUGUGAGAGACACCCCUCUGUCUGUCUUUCUCUUCCAAGACCUAGGCAUACUGACAUUAAAAUAAAACAUAUAUAAAUUGAACAAAUUUUUCUUGGGGUAGGUUGUAACGUUUCAUUGUUGUUACAACUAACCCAGAGUCUUGUUGUUACAACUAACCCAGAGUCAUGUAGCCAUGAACUAGCUCACCUUACAGCUAACAGGCAAAACAUUAGCACUAACAACUUGCAUGGAAAAUAUGUACACAGACACACAAUAAACAUAAUACAAGUUUGAUGAGUUUAACUACAAAGCAGAAAUUCCCAUAACAAAAACAAAAAAAGUAAAAAAAGUAACUUUCUUACCUCAAAAUUGUUUUUUCCACUCUAACUUGUGCUGUGUCUGCCAGAGGGCUCUACUUUAUCACAUGUGGAAUAAGAACUAAACUGAGCAUGUGCGAAGUGAAUCAGGUUAUUUGUAACUAGUUCCUGAUUGGACAGAUUGGAAUUGUUACAACUGACCCGUGUUACAACCAUCCCCGGUCUCCCCUAAUUACACUCUAACAAGGACACAAAAUAAAGCGUAACCCUUGUUUGUUAUAUGUCCCAUUAAAUGGUUUCGUAUUUGACUUCUCAGACAUGCGCACAAGUCGGUCAUUCCACAGGUCGGACCAUUUGAGGCGGUAGUGAAACCGGUAGGAAGUCUUAUCGGUCUCGAGAGUUGAAUUAACUAUUCCAUCGCCAUGCAUCACCCCUAUAGACGUGAUCUGUUCUGUAAGAUCUGAUCUAUAUCUGAGCUCUACAAUAACUUAGGUCUUCUGACGCUGCUGAGCCAGUAAAGUUUGGCACAGAGUCGCCCGUGGAGGUAUCCACGAUUUGGUUUUUAGUUUCUGUACAUGAGUACGUGUGACUUUGUCGGAGCUUAUUUGAUUACACGUCUCGCGACGAUCAUUUGGACGGACAUCAUCUAGGUGAUAUACUAAACAGUGAUGGCAAAUGUGGUGAUGAGGCCUGCUUCCCCUUCUCCCUCCAUCUCUCUCCUGGAGAUAAAAGCAGAGACACGGUUGGUGCUGAAGUCUUUCUUGCAUCACUCUCUCUCUAUACCACAUGGAGAGCGGCCUGGAAGAAUAGGAGGAGAAUACAAAGACCCAAACAAAUACAGUGCUGCUCAAAAGGAGAAGAUGAAGAGAGAUGCAACUGAUGUAUGGGACUCUUUGGAUGAGGAUAUUAGUGCAGCAGAGGAGAAGAAGCAUGGAAUUAAAAAUCUAAUAAAAAGAAGACUGAGGCCACGUUCAUCCAUGAUCCGUCGUGCUAAGAAAGAUGCCAGCACUGACAAGACUCAAAACAACACCCUCGAGAAACAGUCAGGCCACUCAGACAAGGCGUCCACAAACGGAGCACGUAGUUUACCCAGGAAAUCUGAGGAAAAGAUAUUAUCAUUUCCAUUGUCUGCAUCUGAAGAUGAGGGUGACAGAAAGCAAGUGGACAAAAAGAAGAAAAAGAAGAAAAAAAUUCAAAUAUCUGAUAUACUCAAAAGAGUGUCAUUUAAAAAAGAAGAUCCUCGUCCUCAGCGCCCCACAACACUGCCUUUAAGAGAUCCCGCAAGAUUUCCAGAACCGGCUGAACCUGCAGUUUCACCAUCCCAUCCACCUGAAUUCUAUGAUGGUGUAGCAGAAUCUCUGGGCAGAAUUGCACAUAAACACAGUGUGAAAAAGAAAUCUCCCGUUAAACCAGAGCCUGUGCCAUGUGCGUCUAAAGACAAUAGCAAAGAGGCUGUGGUUCAACAGCUAGUUCAGAUAUUGACUUCGGAGGGGGAUGCUAUAAAUGAGAAGUUAAACACCAACCCCUUCUUUCGGUCCACCCUCUCUCGCCUUUCCUACCCAUCCUUUGCCAAACUCCUUGACACGUAUGCCAGUCAGAGUGAAGAACCACCACUUCCUGCACCGGUUAGCCCUACUCUGCGCCGCCUUGCCAUCACCAUGGAUGUGUCUCGGCGAGUCGUCACGGCAACUGGAGUUCAGCGUUUGACAGGGUAUGCUGAACGCUACAUGGAGAGCUUUGCCCCAUGGGUGAGGAGUCAAGGAGGAUGGGGUAACAUUGCACAGAUGGAUGAGGGCCCGGAGUGUGAUUGACCUCAGUCAUUGACCUUAGAACUUUUCAAUAUGAAUUUAGGAUCAUGUAGCAUGACCUCUAUGAGGAAAAGAAGAAUUGACACUACUGAUAAUGAACUUUCUC